GGCUUAAGAUUUCUACCAAGUGCGCGUGCGCUUAUGCUCUAUGACACAAUAACUGUGUUGAAUUCCUUGUCAGCAUGGAAAACGAAGAGUGUAAUGUCAAGACAGCCAAUCCAAUGAAAACUGAAAACCGAGCGCAAACUUUGGAAUCAAAGUUUCCUGUCGUUGAUUCCCGAGGCAAAUUUCUGCUGCCCCCAGCAGAACUACAGGACGGAUGGUCGACACCAGUGUAUGCCAACCCUCGGCAGGCUCUCAGGAUUCUCAAACGGAGGGAAAUGAAAAGAAGACUUGCGUUGUCGGGAAGAGUAAAAAUCUUUAACAGAAAAGAAAAGAAGAAAGCCAAAGUUGACAUAAAAAGUACGACAGAUGACAGGAACACCUCGUCAGAAUCUGUAGAGGCCCAACAGAUGUCUAUGGAAAAUUAACUAAAUUUGUUAACUGGGUAAUUUAACUCUUAUCCUCAGCGAUUAUUAAAGGAAAAGAAAAUUUGUCUUCCCUCGCGAAAUACAAACUUAGCCUUGUCGAAAACAAUCACAGAGGAAUGUCAAUAUCUUGCCCAUAUAAAUGCAUCAUUAUCAUUUUAAUUUUCGAUUUCCGCUCUUUCUCUACAGCAUAUUAUGAGCGGUUAUUGAAGUCUCUUUUAGUUUCCCCCUUAUUUCAGAACUGGUUCAUGUUUGGCAUGCGUAUAUCCAGUUAUGGACGCUUGCGGGAGGUUUUGAGAGCACGAGAGAAGCGUAAGAGUUUCUCGUGGCGUAGCAGAGAGAAACCAGAGAGCAAC